AACACACCCACUUCAUUCACUGUGUUCACACUUCACAGUUCACUCACAAAUACUAAGAAACUCAGAGCCACAGGGAGAGAAAAGAUAAGAGAGAGAUGAUGAAGGAGGAGAUUUGUAAUGGUGGUGAUGGCGGUGGUGGCAAUAACUGGGCACGUGUAUGCGACACGUGCAGGGCGGCGGCUUGCACAGUGUAUUGCCGGGCCGACUCGGCCUACCUGUGCACCGGGUGCGACGCCCGCAUCCACGCCGCGAACCUCGUUGCGUCCCGCCACGAGCGUGUGUGGGUCUGCGAGGCGUGCGAGCGCGCCCCGGCAGCUUUCAUAUGCAAAGCCGACGCCGCGUCUCUCUGCACCGCCUGCGACGCCGACAUCCACUCCGCGAACCCACUCGCAAGCCGCCACCACCGCGUCCCAAUUCUUCCCAUCUCCGGGUGCUUACCCGGCCCACCUGCUGCUGACCCCGUAGACGGGAUUUUAGCCCAUGAUGAUGGGGACGAGACCAUUGACGAAGAGGAUGAAGAUGAGGCAGCAUCAUGGUUGUUACUCAAUCCCGUGAAGAAUAACUACAAUCAGAACAAUGGGUUCUUGUUUGGUGGGGAAGUUGAUGAGUAUGUGGACUUUGUGGAGUACAACUCGUGUGUUGAUCAGAAUCAGUUAGAAGAUCAGUAUAACCACCACCAGAUACAACAUUACGCUGUUCCCCAGAAAAGCUACGGGGGUGACAGUGUUGUGCCCGUUCAGAAUGGAGAUGCGAAGGUUCAGCUGCAUCACCAGCCGCAACAACAGGAGUUUCAGUUGGGACUGGAUUUUGAGUCCUCAAAAUCUACAUACAGUUACCAUGGUUCCAUUAGUCACAGUGUCUCUGUUUCAUCUAUGGAUGUUGGCGUUGUACCAGAAUCAACGAUGAUCGAUAUCUCAAUCUCACACCCAAGAACUUCCAAAGGGACAAUUGACCUUUUCUCUGGACCUCCUCUCCAGAUGCCACACCAACUUACCCCACUGGACAGGGAAGCAAGGGUCCUAAGAUACAGAGAGAAAAAGAAGACAAGGAAGUUUGAGAAAACAAUCCGGUAUGCUUCUAGGAAGGCAUAUGCAGAGACCAGACCCCGGAUCAAGGGCCGUUUUGCUAAGAGGACGGAUGUAGAAGUUGAAGUGGACCAGAUGUUCUCCACCACACUAAUGGCAGAAACUGGAUAUGGCAUUGUGCCAUCAUUCUGAGACUAGGGAGAGAAGAAGAAAAAGAAGAAAAAACCUCUUCAGAUGAGAGUUGUACUGCUUAUUUACAAAAGCUCUAGUACUGAUAUGUAUUUUCCUAAUCUAAUCGGUCUAAGUUAAUGAGAUACAUGCUAAAUCAUUUUGUAUA